UUAGGCCGCUGCCUGUGUUGAUGCAAUAAUAUUCUAUAACACUGCUGUUAUAUGUCGUAUAAACGUAGGAAAUUGAGCUAUUGUUUAAAUUCCUUCCUUUCGAAGUAUUUAUCAUGCACUUUUAAUAUAUUCGUUUUGUUUAGUAAUUUUGCCGUGAUAUCUUUAACCUCAUUGUAGUAUUCUGCAAAAUUAUUUGUCAGUUUUCGGUAUGAGUUCAACAUUAGAAACUCAAAGUACAAUUACAGGAAGUAAUAAUACAGUUAGUACAGAUAUGGAAAAUAAUACCCAGGAAGGCGUCAGGAAGAUUGAUAUGGAUCGAGUUAAAUUUUUGCAGGAUACAAUUGAAGUUAACAAGAAAUAUGAACUAUCAUUGAUUACAAUGAUUCAGAAGCUAGAGAAUCUUGUUUACAGAGUUCAAAUGAAAAGGCAAUCAUUACAUACUCUAAAAGAACAAGCCAAAAUAUAUUCAAAUACGGACAAAGAAUCGGAGUUGGGUCCUUAUGUUUUUGGAGCACCAUAUUUUAAAGAUAAAGACUAUUUUCCAGGUCCAUCAAAUUUGGAAACCAAGAGGAUACGUGAAAAUAAGAUUUUAAGGUAUAUAAAUUUGAAUUUGGCAAGCCACUGGACAGUUGCAGAAAAAGCAAGAAUGAAACGGGCAAUAAAAAAGCAAGUCGGAGGUGAUUUCGAAAAGGAAGCUUUGAUAGAUUGGCAUACUAUUGCUGCCUUGAAUGUUCCGGAACAUUCUGUGGAUGAAUGCAAGGCAAUGUGGAAUUUCGUUUUACAUCCAAACUUACGUAAAACGAAAUGGUCAGAAUCAGAAACUGAAAAACUUAUAAAUGCUGCAGAAAAACAUAAGUUUCAUAAUUGGGAGCAAAUAGCUAAAGAUAUUGAUUGUAAUCGCUCACACCUACAGUGCUUUAUACAUUUUCAUACAGAAGUAGAUACUGGUAAAUAUAAUGAAAAGUGGUCACCUGUAGAGGAACAGAAAUUAUUAUCAUUAGUUGAUAAAUGCAGAGUAGGUAAAAAUUUUAUUUCCUGGGCAAGAAUUUGUCAGUUUUUUGACUCCAGAACUAGGGAUCAAAUUUAUUCAAAAUUUUUAAGAAUUAAUCCUAAUAUAAAGAAAGGUGCUUUUUCUGAAGAAGAGGAUUGUGCAAUCAUGGCUGCUCUAAUAACUUACAAUAAUGACUUUAAAGCCAUUCCAAUUGAAGAUAUUCUUCCAGGAAGGUCUUUAAAACAAAUAAAAGCACGAUAUAAUAAUUGUCUAAAGCAUAUGAACUCUCCUGUGCGAUCUUGGGAUGCUAGUACCGAUAUGAAACUAUUGAGUUUGGUAACAACACAUGGUAGAAAGUGGUCCAUGAUUUCCAAAUUGAUGGAUUUUCGUACAGGAUCAUGCUGCCGUCAUAGAUUUGAAAUAUUGAAAGACUUCAUGAAUAAAAAUCCAGGAGCAACAAUAGAGGAUGUUCCCAGAAAGCCUAGAAGACCUAAAAGAGUGUCUGUUGGUAAAAUUUUGAAUAAAAUUGAACAAUCCAACAUUGAAACACCUGCUUCAAAUAAUGCUGAAUUGUCUACUUUGAUUGAUUUAGAGAUAUCUGAAUAUUUUAGUCGCAUGAAUUAUUAUAAAAAUAAAAAAGGUGGACGACAGAAAACAGUUUUUGAUCUAUUUGAUUUAAACAGGAUGAAAAAUAUGGUUCAAGAUUUUUUAAGUAUUUUUGGUUUUGAAAUAACACAAGAUACUAUAAGAAAAAAAAUAUCAGAAACUAUAUUUCAUAACUAUUCAGAAACAGACAAACUUUUAUUAAACUUUAUGAUUGGGCAUUAUACUGAUCCUAUUUAUAAUCAUUUUGACAAUGAUUCUAUAAAAGAAGAUUGGCUUAUACCCACUUCGUCAAAACUUAAGAGAACAGUGGGAGAAGCUGAAUUUUGUUAUGAGCCAUUGGCUAACAAAAAAAUCAAGACAUAUCAUAGUCAGAAAUGUGAUAUUGAAAACACAGAGUUGAAUUGUGAAGAUGAUUCAAAAAAGAAUGUUGAGGUCGGUAAAACUUUAUGCACUUUAUUACCACCAAAUUCAUCUACUUUAGUCGGCAUGAGAUCAUUAAUGAUAACAAUGAAUGAUGAUAAAUAUAAAGAUAGUGUCAAAAAUGAGCAAGAUGUAUUAUUACAUAAACAAAUGGAAGAUGCUGACCAUCUCAAGAAAAUAUUGAAAGCUUUAUUUACAUGGCCAGCACUUAUGAGUUAUGUGCCGCCAAAUACUUCAUCAGUAAAAAAUGAAUGUAGUAUUGUGGAAAUUGGUAAUGAAUCUACUGGAGAAAAUAGUCAAGCUAAGCCUCAAAAGAAGCAAAAGAAGCAAACAACAACUACAUCAUCAAAGUGA